ACUUUGGCACUCUUGCCGACAUGCCCCCUGGGAACCGUAGUUGACAUCUCUCUGGUGCCGACAUACCCCCUGGGAACCAUAGUUGACGUCUCUCUGGUGCGUUAUCUUAUCUUACAUCAAGGAACCACGCACUCUCGCUCCACGCAGGUGUUAAAAAUAUUGUAUUGAUGAUUAAAUCGGAAGACUUUUAAUACCGACCCAUCCUGUAGAUGUGUUUCAAAUCUGUGACACGUAAAAAUGUAAAUGUAAACAAAUGAAUUGGAAGUGUAGGAAACCUGAAAUGGAAAUACUGUAUGAGCAAGUGUUGAAUGACAGUGCCCCCUGUCUUCAUGUCUACUAAAGAGCUGUGAGUUUCUUGUUACUUCAGGAACUGUUGCUAUGGCGCUGACACCUCAACACCUCACAAAGUUUUGACCCUGAAUGCCUCACAGUGGUAAGUAGAUGGGUUUAUGACAUCCUGACACCUGGCAGCUGAGAGGAGGGAAGUAUUUAUUUGGAGGAAAGUGCAUGUGAAGGAAUGCAGGUCCAGUCGGUGCCCCUCGGCUCUGUCACCAUCGGACCGGAGUCGUGGCGCGAUGGCACGGUCCGCUCCAUCCGGCGAGCGGAGCGCCUGGUGCGGCAGACUCGAGCCGGGCGGUCCGGGACCUCGAGCCGGACCCGGAGCUGCAGCGCCGCCGCCGGUCUCACCCCAAAGCUGACAGACAACACGGCGGAAACAGCCGAAGAUAAGAUCACACAGGAGGGAUGUGGAGAGAGUCGUGACUCCUGCAAAAGUAAGAUGACGAGGCCUCAAACUACAGGAGAAAUGUUCCCCAGUGGUUCCCAGAGGACCACCGUGGUCCCGUUCCCACCUACCAGCUUGCGUGAGCAGUGUGCCGAAGCCAGCGCUGCCGUGGCUGGUGAGUACAUGCGGAGGGUGCGGGAGGUGGAGGGCCAGCUGCGCAGGCAGGCCGGCAGGGUGACGCAGGAGGGCGUCAAGCUGGAGAGGGAGAAGGUUCACCUGGAGAGGAUACUGCGCAGCCUCACGACUGACCUGACUGUCAACAGGAGGAGCUCAGAGGAGAGGACCAGGAGGCCGCCCACUGCUGAGACGGACAGAGACGGUGCUGAUUACUUGCUGCUGCAUGAGAGAAGAGAGCUGGCCCAGUUGAAACAGGAUCUGGAGGGAGCACUGAGGGACACACUGACCCAGCUACAGGCCCUGGGUCAGAGCAGCAAGCAGCUGCUGGACUGUGCCGGUGAGAGGGCUCGAGUCCUGGAGCUGCUGCCUCACAGCGGCUCUGCUAGAAGACACCGCAGCGCUGCUCAGACCUUCUCCAAAACAGAACCCAUCAGCCCGUUUACACCAGAAUGUAAAAAGGUUUUGGAAUCGUCCAUUUUGACAGUCAACCAGUCACAGCUACUGAGGCAAAACAUCAGACAGAUGCUAAUCAGCGCUAUCACCCUGCAGAAGGCUGUUCACCGCUCCAUCAAUGAUGGCCUGGUGAAGAAAAUAGCAGAGACAGUCAGUCUGCAGCAAAACCUGACUCUGAUGUCUGCGGCCACCAGGCAGGCCAUGUUUCGCAAGCAGAGGGAAAUUAACUGUAUUCGUCACAGUCACGGCAGAGCGCAGGGUCCAGAGUACAGUGGUGACAUACUGUCCAGAGAGAAACUCAACAGGCCUCUGGUGCAGGUUUAUCAGAGACACCCAGGGACGCAGUUACCUGAGGCUGCUCAUCUCAUACAGGGCAGUGCAGUGCUGAGGCGAUGUCUAACGUCCUCUGAGGGUGAGCUGGCGAGGCUGCAGCACACCUUUCUGCAGCUGCUGGACAACCUGCACGGCAAGAGAGCGGCAGCUCAGGUGGAUGCGGCCGUCGUCCGCAUGAGGCGUCAGCAGGUGGACAAGAGAGCCAUGCCUUCUUUCCUCCAGCAGGAGGCCUGCAGAGGCCAACGCCGCCUGUCCUGUGCCCAGUAGAGCUGCAGCAAGCAUGCAAGUAGAGAGAGAUGAUAGUGUUAAGUGUGUUGUGAGAUAGAGGGAGCAGCCAUGUGGGAAAUGUACAGUUUCAUGAUUAGUUGGAUGGGAUAAAAACUAAACUGUGUGGCCAAAUAUAUAUGGACACCCCUGUUGACAUACUCUUGGGCUUGGUUUUAGCUCGGCCCUCUAGCACUUUGUGAAGAUACCAGGUACUACAAAGUCCUGAGGGUCUGGAAACUGUUUUCAAGGUUAGGAAUAAACUUCGGGUUCCAAUAAGUUUCUUGAAAACUGCUUGAUAUUCCACUAAAAUGUAUUGGACAGACUGAGAGUGAAAGCAGAAAUGAAAUAUGAAAAGUAUGGUGAAUGACAUAAGAUGCCGCUAGAAUCUAACUUACAACGUUCUGGCAUGAGUAGGUGCUCACUGUAGUUAUUAUUUUACGGGAACAGUGUGCAAAUGGCCUACACAGAGUCAUGUCUCAACCUUGUCUGCCAGCUUUGGCAUGAACGAGAUGGUGGACUGUGAUGAUCUCAUUACUGCUCUUGUGGCCGAAGGGGAACAAAUCCCUGCAGCCAGGUUACAAAAUCUUGUGAAAAGCCCGAAAUCAGAAGAGUGGAGGCUGCUGCAGCGGCAGAUAAUGUUGUCAGAAUGAAAAAUACUCACAUAAUAUGGGUAUUAAAGUUGAGGUGUCCAUAUAUUUUUGGCCACAUAGUGUUUGUUUCUGCACUGAACUGCACACUGAGCAAUGACAUCUUAAACAAUGGAAUUCAAUAAAAAAAAAGUAAAAAAUUAAAUUAAAAAGUGUA